AUGUCGCAUCCGUUUACACAGCUGACCGAGAAACGCACGGUGGUUCUUCUGGUUGGAUCGCGCUUCAUACGGGCCGGGUUUGCGGGCGAGGCAGUACCGGAGAUCCAAAGCUCCACUUCCGAUUCGACCUGGAUUCCUACCCAGAACACAAUAUACGUAUCUGGCAGCGGUAACCACGCGCUAGACCACCGGAGGAAUAUCAAAAGUACCCAUCUAACCCCUUUACACCUCCAUAGUACCGAUUUACACCGCCGACGGUGGCUCUGGAGUUAUGACAUGCUCGCAGUGGCCAAUUCCCAACACCAAAACUACUUUGACGCCAUAUCCAGGCACUUGGAACGCUUGCUCUAUGACAUCUACACUGAUGAGUUGCUUGUAGAUCCCAAGAGCUGCCAGGUGAUUGUGGUUGACCCCGUUUUGUUUCCCACACCCUUGAAGAGCAUCCUCACGGAGGCGUUGCUUCAUCGACUACACGCUCACUCGGUGGUCUAUCUCCCGGAACCGGUGCUCUCGUGUAUAGCAGCUGGUACGAGAAAUGCGUUGGUGGUGGAUCUCGGCUGGCACAAUUUCACGGUUACGCCGGUGUACGACCUUAGAAUCAUCCACAACGGGUUGAAAAGCACAAAUCGGGCCGGGAUGAGACUUCACUACGAAAUGGUAGACGCACUGGGAGAGUCAGAUUUUGGUGCAAUAGAGAGUCUCAUUACAGAGGUGUGCUACUGCGACGAGCUAGGAAGUGAACGGCCUUCAGCGCCUGAAGACUCUGAAACGUUCUCUACUCGGCUCGGAGUGUCCAUUCCCAACCAUUUGCGACACCUGGUACUUGAAAAGUUCAUGUUCCCCGAAACUGAAACCCCAGAUGACGAGGAACAUAGCUUACUAGACAUCAUUUCCGAGGCUUUGGAUACCUUGCCAAUCGAUGUCAGGGCCACCCUUUCCUCUAGUAUUGUCUUUACCGGUGGAUUGGCAAACAUCCCGGGGUUGAGAACGAGAAUUUUACGGGAAAUGAGGGGUAGGAAACCAGGUGAAGUUGCGGCUAUUUCGGGGUUAGGUCCGUGGGCAGGGGCUAGCAUGUACUCUAACUACGUGGCGAGACCGCACAAAACCAUGGAGGUCCGCAGAGACAAGUAUCUCGAAGCGGUGGGUAGCUACCCUAUGCCUGAUUGGCUCGAAAAUAUCUACCGUAAUCCGAUAUUGGAAUGA